UGGUAGUAGGACAUGAGGCGAUGGGUGGGAUUAAUAUUUAAAGAUUCUGAUUGGAUCACCUGCAUUUCAAGGAAAGUUUCAUGUGACCAAUGAAAUCGUUCUAUGUUUUGAUCUAGGAAGCCUACCAAUCACAGAGUAUCGUUCCUCCCUUUUGAAAUUAGCAUAGAGCAGUGGAUAAAUCCCUCAUGCAGUGAUUAGAGCUACAGUUACUGUGGUUUCACUAACGGAAGCAUCAUGCCUGAACCAGCGAAGUCUGCACCCAAGAAGGGCUCGAAGAAGGCCGUCACUAAAACCGCCGGCAAGGGCGGAAAGAAGCGCAGAAAGUCCAGGAAGGAGAGUUACGCGAUCUACGUGUACAAAGUCCUGAAGCAGGUUCACCCCGACACCGGGAUCUCCUCCAAGGCGAUGGGGAUCAUGAACUCUUUCGUCAACGACAUCUUCGAGCGCAUCGCCGGUGAAGCGUCUCGUCUCGCUCACUACAACAAGCGCUCCACCAUCACAUCGAGAGAGAUCCAGACCGCCGUGCGUCUGCUGCUGCCCGGAGAGCUGGCCAAACACGCCGUGUCUGAGGGCACAAAGGCCGUGACCAAAUACACCAGCUCGAAGUAGAGCGAGUCCGUUCAUCAACACAAAGGCUCUUUUAAGAGCCGCCCAUAACUUCUUUUAAAGAGCAAAUUGCACUGUCUCUACAAUGAAAGUGCACAUCGUUUUAAACUGGUGGGCUACAAAUUGAAAGUUUAGUUUCACUCUAUUGUCACAUCCUCAUGCAUUUGAAUGAAUGUCCUAUGUACUUGUAGAAAUGGCAGAUUUCUGCCCAAUUUUAAAAUAUCUUCCAAAAAUAUUUAUAGAAUGUUCCUGGUAGUAGUUUAGUCCCCCGUGCUUUUAAAACUGGGGGCUGUUUAAACUCUUUUCAAAAUGAAAUAAAAGCUUUUCACAAUACUUUGGUAUG